CUCGGCGCGACCGGCCAGAUUGGUCAAUCGUUUCCUUCAGGCCCUGCUCACCACUACUUCCUACCAAGUCGUUCAGCUCAUCCGACCACAAUCCGAAUCUUCUGCUCGCGAUCAUGCCGAAGGGUUCCCUCCGAGCAAGCCAAUAUCUAUCAACUGCGGUUCAUGAUCUUCUCUCUGCUACGAUUGGAGAUCUUGUCCCCCUGCUGAACAAUGUGGAGAUCUUCAAGAGUGGCCUAAACGGCAAAGCGCUGGCCGCGCAACGAAUCGUUCAGGACGCAGCAGCUCGAGCAGGUGUCAAGCGGUUCUACCCCAGUGAUUAUGGGAUGCACCAUGCAUACAGCCCACCAGGAAAGGAGGACCAGAUGGGAUACCUGCAUCCUACAUGGAACCUCAAAUUCACCGCCAACGAGCAAUGCCUUCACCACCCAGCCAUCCUCUCCGGCAAGAUGACCAACACGCUCAUCGGCUGCGGCGACUUCUACAACCAGCCCCGCGAGACGACCUGGUGGUCCUGGGCUAACCCGGGACCGCCCAGACAGCCACGCCAUCCCCAUCGUGGGCGAUGCGGACGCCAAGGCCGAUUUCACGCACAUCGACGGUCUGGCUGCGUUCCUUGCAGCGACGCUCGAGCAUCCAGAGCUAUCGGAGAACCGCACGCUGAAUUUUGUGAGCGACCGCAUCUCUUAUAAUGAGAUUGCAGCGCUCCGGAGAGGUACUCAGGUUGCAAGGUCGAAAAGAAGGUCUACCCGUUGGAGGUGCUGCAUCGCGUGUGAAAGGACCCCGGCGGUGCGACUCCGGCGGAGGUGAAGGGGAAGAGUGUGUUUCCGGAUGACUUCUAGAUUAUGGUCAAGGGGAUGCGAGGGCUGGGGCGGUUCGUGCGGCCUCCGGGGAAGGUGCAUAAUGAUGUUUUUCCGGAGGUGAAGGUGAGGACGUUUGAGCGGUAUUUCAGCGAGGAGAUGUUUGGAAGGCCGACGGACGUUGGAGCGCGUAUGGUGUGUGUGUGUGGUAGAUGUUUGAAAUCUGGCUGCUGUGAUUGACACAGGGGACAGAUGGGAUCAUCAUUGCAAUGGAUUGAAGUGCUUGUAAGACUAAGAGAACCCUUGAUUCGCUUGGCUGUGUAUUGAUUGACA